AAAUAAGAGCAUUUAUAACACGCGAAAUAUUGAAGAAAAAUCGUACAACUUCUUGUUUACGUUUUAUCCGAACGUUUCGCCGUGAUUCAAUAUUUAUUAGAGUAAUCGUAUUUUUUAUUCGUGCAUUUUUCGCAUUCAAAGAUAAUACACCGAAGCGCGGCAUGUCUUUCCGUAUUUCAUUAAAUCACAGUCAGAAAACCGGGCUUCGUCCGCGCGGUCUCAUCGAAAAUGCCCAUGCCAAAUUACCUAAAAAUCGUUAUAGACAACACCUUUAAUAAAACCACUUAUUACGAUAACAACCAUUCGAAAGGGCCCAUACAGAGCAAUGCCGUUAUUUCUAUUAAUAAAGGAAAUAUGGAAGCGCGGGCGGAACACCAAAGAACGAAACAAUACCAAACUAUAUACACUUUCGCGACUUCAAUAGGGGUGGGGUUGGUUAUUCUCAUCCUCUUCUGGAUACUGUACUUCCGCAACGGCUUCGCCUGGCAAUCGAACCCCAGCCUGGAAUUCAACUGGCAUCCGUUUCUCAUGACUCUUGGAAUGCUAUUCCUCUACUCCCAAGGGAUAUUGGCGUAUAGAACCGGCAGGAGAUUCGAAAAGAAACCGCUGAAACUGGCGCACGCCGUGCUAAAUUUCUCGGCCUUCGUUCUCUCAGUCAUCGGCCUGAAAGCCGCUUUCGAUUCGCACAAUUUAAGCAGCAAACCCAUCCCGAACUUGUACACCCUCCAUUCCUGGAUAGGACUCGCCACCGUCAUAAUAUUCGCAACACAAUUCCUGAUCGGUUUCACGAGUUUCCUCUACCCGGGGCUGUCGCAGUCGCUGAGAAAGGCCGUGCUGCCGGUGCACGUGAGCUUCGGGACGGGCUGCUUCACCUUGGCUGUGGUGGCCGUGGUGACGGGGCUGCUGGAGAAGGCGGUGUUCGCCAUCGAGGAUUACAGCGCGCGCUCCUCCGAAGGGGUCCUGGUGAACAUCGCCGGGCUGGCGGCCGCUCUUUACGGCCUCCUGGUGCUGUAUUUGUUGAACGAGCCGGAUUACAAGAGAACCGCUUCGGGAGACGAUCAGAUCGUUCUCGAUCGAUCCGAAUAGAUUUAGAUAAUGCGAUCUUAUAUUGAACGAUGCAUUUAUUGCGGUUGUAUUUGAUUUAACUUUGUUAUCCCAGUCGAGAAGCAUUCGAAGAGUUUGUAUUUUUUUGUGGUAUUAUGUUUAAGUAUUUGUAACUGUGGGUUUUUCAAAGUUUACUUAAUUUAUAAAAUCUAAUAUGUUUGUUCUAACAUUCAUACAAAAUAUUUAAAGCCUAUUACAGUAUAAUUGUUGGAACAAAUCUAUUAAAUAUUCGUAAAAGUGCUUAAAUUGUGGUGCUUGAAACUUCAAACUUGUGGUGCUUUAUAUACAUAUUAAUAUAUUAAUCGAAUGGAUUUUAUUAAUCUCAUAACAUAGCGCUGAUUUAUACAGUAGGUAAUUUUUCUACAUCAUUAACUCUUUUAUUAUUGCAAAGUUUGUGUAACAAACCGCAAUAAUAAGAAAGCUAUUCAUAGAAGAAAUAUUUUGUGUGAUAAACAUAUUCCUAUAUUUUUUUUUCGUGAAUUUUACGAAAUUAUUUUUAUAUAUCUAUAUCUAUACUUUAAACUGCGUUUACUUAUGUUGCUAGAAACUAAGAAUAUACUUGUUUUAUUGUUCUCAAAUUUGUUAUUUUAUAUUUUACUUUUAUGAAACAGUAUAAUUACGAAUGUUAAAAAAAAUUA